AUGACGUCCCGCGCGACCGCCUCGUCGGGCAGGAAGGGGUACUGCGCGGCCGCGCUCGCCUGCAGCUCGAGCUCCAGCUCCUCGCCGCGCUGCUGGUUGAACUCCAGCUCCGCGACGGCCAACAGGUUGUCGAGCGGCGUCGGCUCCGCGGGCGGCGGCGAGCGCGACGGUCGGGCGCCCACACCGGCGCCGGGGCCGGCUCGGGCCGCGGCGGGCGCUCGCGGCGGCGGCGGGAGCGGCCGGAGCGGCGGCGGCGGCGGACGCGGGCGGCUCGCUGCGGCAGCGGGCGGCGGCAUGGGCGCGGGCGCGGGCGGCGCGAGGCUCGCCGCCGCCGCCGGGCGCCCGCGGUCGCGGAGACACUCCGGCGCGCCGCACCGCGGACAGGCGACAGGCGACGACCGCGCGGACGCGGCCCCGUGGCGGACUGAGCCGGGCGCCGCGCGUCGCCCCGCCCCCGGCCCGCGCGGCCCGCCCAGCAUCGAUCGCCGCCCGCUGCAGCCGCCGCCUGCACCCGCAUGUAAACACGCGCCCCCCGCGCGCCGCCGGGCCCCGGGCCGCGCGCCCGGCACGCCCCCGGCUCCAGCGCUCCCGAGCCGAGCCGGCGGUCGCGGGGCUCCCGGUAAUGAUUGGCAUCGACGCGCGGUAAUGAGAGAUCGCCCUGUGCCCUCGCUUCUCCCGUCCGCGCUUUGCGGUCCGCUGAGCGUUUCGCGCUAA